AUGUCGACUUUUGCCGAAAUUUUUCUCAGCUUCUCUUGGACAUUAUUUGACUGCCCCCACUUACAAUUUGUCGAUGUGCAUCAUUUUCAAGAAUUUCUCCACAGUUCUCCGUGUUAUCAUGUGCUAUUUUUACGACGCGGAAAGUUUUCGUCAAAACGACAACGGGACAGUGGAGAUAAAUUGGGAAAAACGAAACGAUUGUCGUGGAAAGAACGAGUUCUUUGGGGACCUCGGCGAGAAAGCGAUGCGCUUUUCAUGGAAUGCCCGUCACGAGAAGCUCCAUCGAUUUUCCGCCACUCGACACCCAAUCGAGCGCUUUCUCUCCGGCUUUUUGGACAAAUGCAUUUA